AUGGCGAUUUUGCUUCUACAGAUGAAGAGAGCUAUGUACAUCUCUCCACCUCACAGCACACUGGAAGAUCAAGGACCAGGAAAUGAGUCGUGCAGCACAUCAGCACCAAGGACAGCACCGCCAAGGGAGGCAGCAGGGCAGCCAGCCAAAAGCUCGCAAAAACUCAGAGGACCCUCUAACUCCUCGCUCGCCAAUCAGGAGCACCCUCUAACUCCUCACUCUCCAGGAGAACACUCCAGAAGGAAGCCAGGCUCAGCAGAAGGGGCAAGAGUUAACCAGGUAAAAGAAGACAGUGCUCCUGGGGCCUGCCUAACCACCAUGCUGCCUACCGAUGAUAGUAGCACUCCACUUGUGCCACCAUUGCUGCACCUUUGUUCUCCUACAGAACAGGGAGCCGGCUGCGUGCAUUGUGAGGAUUUCCCUCUGCGCACUCUCCGAUCCCGCCUGGCUGUGUUUUCCAAGCAAUCAGCUGCGCCUCGUGGUUCGGGUCCUGCGUCCGCCGAGGCGGCGCGGCGGCUCCGAUCAUGGGGUUCGCAGGUCGAGUUAGCGGAGGCGGAGCAAGAGACGGGUGUUUCCCUUUCUCUUGCCCUCUCCCCUGACUCCGUUCGCUCAGUUUCGGUUUCGGGAGCUCGCACUGCGAUUUCUCCCGACCCGGAAGAGGGCAUGCUGCUUUCCGCGUCGGGCUCUGAGGAGCUCGAUGUGGGCGGGGACGUGCUUUCCCCCUCGGUAAAGCCGAAUGAGAGAGAGCAGUCAGUCACGUUCGAGGAGCUCCUCGAAGUGGUGUCACGCGCCGUGGGUAGGCUGAAUUUGGAUUGGCCUGAAGAGGAAGUUAGUGUCGCCCGCUCUAAGUUAGACGACCGCUUUCUGACUUCAGGCCGCAGGCCACCUGCACGCAGGCGACUGCCUUUUUUUCCUGACCUCCAUGCUGAGGUGUCGAGGUCCUGGAAGAAUCCAUUUGCGGCGCGUGUUUUUUCUCCGGCCAUGUCUGAUUAUUCAGCCAUCAUAGGGCUUGAAAGCCAUGGCUAUGGGGCGAUGCCUAGGGUUGAAGAGACGCUCGCGGGCUAUCUCUCGCCUGCAUCGCCCGCAUGGAGGAGACCUGCCCUUCCCUCCAAGCCCUGUAGGACCACCUCAGCCCUUGUAGGUAAGGCUUAUACAGCGGCAGGCCAGGCAGGUGCGGCUCUGCACACCAUGGCCGUUUUGCAGGCCUACCAGGCUGACCUGCUGGCAGAGCUUGAUGGGAGGGAGGAAUUGGGACCUCAGGCGAUAUCUGAGCUCCGCCGGGCCACUGACCUUGCACUCCGUGCCACGAAGCAGACGGCCCGCUCCAUAGGCCGUUCAAUGGCUGCGCUAGUUGCCACGGAGAGGCACCUGUGGCUUAAUUUAACCGGCAUAAAGGACAAGGAUAAGUCCUUUCUCCUGGACGCCCCGGUGUCGCCCCUGGGUUUGUUUGGCGACGCAGUGAAUACUGUCGUCGACAGACACCAGGAGCGGCCCGUGCCCCCCCGUCUAGGACUAGGGAGGCCGGUCAGCGUACCCGGGCCCAGACCCGUCAGGGGAGAGGGGACCUUAGGUCCGUUAUUUCAGCCAGGCGAGCCCCAAAGGAGUCCUGAUGCCCGUGGGCGGCGGCUCCUGGGGGCAUCCUAUUCAGGAACGCCCCCCCUACUGCCUGCCCCGCCGUCUUUGUCGUUUCGGGGGGCAGUGGGGCCUGUCUCGGCUCCCCGUUUGUGUACGGAUCUUCCCGGGUUAGCGCCUGCCAGUGUGCUGUUUCAGGGCACCCGGGAGGUCUGCGCGAGGCUGUUGCCUCUGUCAGGCAGCCUGGCAGCGUGGAAACUUCUGCCAGGGGUGUCGCAGUGGGUCCUGGACACUGUAGAAAGAGGGUACAGGAUCCAGUUUUCCUCCCGCCCCCCGGGCUUCCAGGGCAUGUUGCCCACGAUCGUGGGCGGGCACCAGGCGGUGUUCCUCCAAGAGGAACUCUGCUCGCUUCUGGAGAAAGGGGCCAUAGAGCAUGUUCCCCUCCCAGAGCAGGACUCCGGCUUUUACAGCCGAUAUUUUGUUGUUCCCAAGAAGGACGGGGGGCUGCGUCCGAUUUUGGACCUGCGGGCUCUGAACUGUACUCUGAGGACCUACAAGUUCAAGAUGCUCACGCUCAAGGUGAUCGUGUCCCAGAUCAGAUCCGAGGACUGGUUUGUGACGAUCGACCUCAAAGAUGCUUAUUUUCACAUAAGCAUUCUGCCAGAACACAGGAAGUUCCUCAGGUUCGCUUUCGGGGGCGAAGCGUACCAGUAUCGUGUCCUUCCUUUUGGCCUAGCCCUUUCACCCCGUACGUUUACGAAGUGCAUGGAUGCUGCCCUGGCACCGUUGCGUCUCCAGGGCAUCCGUGUACUGAAUUACCUCGACGACUGGCUCAUUCUGGCCCAGUCCGAGGCUAUGGCAGCCAGUCAUCGAGAUGCUGUGCUUGCCCACAUGAGGUCCUUAGGCCUCAGGCUGAACCCAGGAAAGUGUGUGCUUGCUCCCUCUCAGAGAACCACCUUUCUGGGGGUAGUUUGGGAUUCCACCACGAUGCGGGCACAUCUGUCUCCCGCUCGGGUGGCCUCCAUCUUGGCAGCAGUGAAAGCUAUUCGGCUGGGACGCGGCCUCUCUGUCGCCGAGGCACAGAGGGUGCUCGGCCUCAUGUCAGCAGCAGCCAACGUUAUCCCUUUGGGUCUGCUUCAUAUGAGGCCGUUCCAGUUCUGGCUCAGGGGUGCGGGCUUUCACCCUCGCAGACGUCCCCUCAGGGUUAUACGGGUUACGCGCCGUGGGCUUCGUACCCUUCUUCUGUGGAAAAGACCCCGGUUCUUGGCCUUGGGUCCCAUUCUAGGGGCGUGUCACCGUCGCAGGACUCUUUCGACGGACGCCUCGCUCUCGGGCUGGGGCGCGGCUUUAGAUGGCCGCCCGGCCCAGGGUCUAUGGGAGGGCCCCUGUCUCUCGUGGCACAUAAAUUGCCUGGAGAUGAGGGCUGUGUUUCUAGCGUUGAAACACUUUCUCCCACACCUCAAGGGCUGCCAUGUCCUGGUGCGGACAGACAGCACCGCGGUGGUGUCCUAUAUCAAUCAUCAGGGCGGUCUGCGUUCACGCCCCCUGUUCAGGUUGGCGCGGCAGAUUCUGCUCUGGGCAGAGACCAGGUUUCUUUCGCUGAGAGCGGUUUUUAUCCCAGGGCGUGUGAAUCGGGAGGCAGACUUCCUGUCGAGGCAGGUGCUGAGGCCCGGGGAGUGGCGGCUUCACCCCCAUGUGGUGGAGCGAAUCUGGCGGAUUUUCGGCCGGGCGGAAGUGGAUUUGUUCGCCUCCGAGGAGUCGACCCACUGUCCGCUGUGGUUCUCCCUCUCUCAUCCGGCCCCGUUGGGCCUGGAUGCCCUGGUAUGGACGUGGCCGAGUCUCCGUCUGUACGCCUUUCCCCCGGUAGCUCUGCUCCCGCAAGUCCUAGCCAGAGUGCGCCACGACCAGGUCAACCUUCUCCUAGUUGCCCCUCGUUGGCCCUCUCGAGUAUGGUUCACGGACCUAGUCUCCCUCCUGAACGGCACUCCAUGGGAGGUUCCCGUCAGGAGGGAUCUCCUCUCUCAGGCGCAGGGGGCAAUUCUUCACCCCCGCCCCGAGAUGUGGAAGCUUUGGGUCUGGCCCCUGAGGGGGACCAGCUCCUAGACGCAGGCCUCUCGACUGAGGUGACAGAGACUCUGCUGAAUGCUAGGGCUCCCUCCACUAGGAGGCUGUAUGCUCUGAAGUGGAGGCUUUUUCGCCUCUGGUGUGACGAGCACUCUCAGGAUCCAGUUCACUGCCCGGUUGGU